AUGCACCUCUGCAGGAACCACGGGCUGCUGGCUGGGGUGGUGAGUGCUGGGGACCAGGAUGGGGACCCCAAGGAGUGCCAGAGGCAGCUGAAGAGGAAGCAGAAGAACCGGGCGGCCGCCCAGCGCAGCCGGCAGAAGCACACGGACAAGGCAGACACCCUGCACCAGCAUCAUGAGGCCCCUGGCCUCCUCACGUCCCCUGUGCCCUCGAAGUCCCUGGCCCCUGCUGCCGCCCCUGCACCUCCUGCCCAGCUGCCCUCCACCACUUGCUCCAGCUUUCUGGGGCCUUCCUUAGAGCCCAGAGCCCUACUGCCCAGCCCCCCAGCCCUGACUGCCCCCCUGCAACCUCUUGGGCAGGAGCACCCCACUGGAGGGAAGCUGGGGUCCUCACCCUACAGCCCCUUGGCUCCCCUAGGGCUCACAAGACUGCAGAGUGGGGAGCCCACACCAGCUCCUGCUUUCUCUGCAGCAGACUGGCAAGGGCUGGGUGUGGGUACCAGCCCCCACCCUCUCCCGGCCUUCUCUCUGCUCUCCUCUGCCCACAUCUGCUUCUGA